AUGGGUAUCGAGAAGUACAAGGGACGUGUCGCACUGGUUACUGGCGCCAGUGCGGGCAUCGGCGCUGCCAUAGUGCAGGCGCUGCUGAAAGAAGGACUCACCGUCGUGGGAAUGGCCAGGAGGGUUGAAAAGAUCAAGGAACUUGAGGUGAAGGGCGCUCCCGGUAAACUUCACGCCAUCGCCGGAGAUGUGGGUGACGAAGGUAGCAUCCUGUCUGUCUUCAAGUGGAUUAAGGACAACCUCGGAGGCGUCGACGUCCUGAUUAACAAUGCUGCUUCUUUUCCACACAGCCAACCGACCGAGGGCAAGACAGAAGACUGGAAGAGUAUCCUGGACGUGAAUGUCCUGGGUCUGAGCAUCUGCACCAGGGAGGCCGUGCAAGACAUGCUGAGGAGAGGUGUCGAUGACGGCUUCAUCAUCCACAUCAACAGCAUCGUAGGACACAUACCGCCGUUCAUAGCCGCAGGAGCGAUGUACGGUGCCAGCAAGCAUGCAGUGAAAGUCUUGCUGGAAGGGUUGAGGAAGGACCUCACGGCCAGGGGUAGCAAGAUACGAGUAGGGCAAAUUUCCCCUGGUAUGGUGGAUACCGAAGGACUGAGGAGAACGGUGCCAGAGCUCGACUUGCCGAAAGAGUUAAAAGAGUCGCCUGCCUUGCAUCCAGAGGACAUCGCUGACGCUGUUGUUUACAUGCUGUCGCGACAUCCGCGCGUACAGGUCUAUGAGAUGCUGGUCAUCCCGACUGCAAGUCCACUAUAA